UCGGCCAUGGCGGCGGCUCUCUUGCAUUGCGGAAGCUUCAGUCUACCUAAUCUAGCCCCCCUCGCUCCUUAACGUAUCUCUUUAGUAUUUGUUGUUAUUACGAGUUGAUAGGAUCAGUGCCCCUAGCAGUGAGACAGCGAUACUGAGAUCUACAGAAAGAGCUCGCUUGAAAGAGUUUCAGUCCUUUUUCGGUGUCGAAGGCUGAAGUGUCUUUUGAGUUUCUAUUGGAUCCCUUCAGUCAGUUGUUUUCGACCAUCAGUUGAGGAUAUUGUUGAUCCAUAAUGACAUCUUCAGCGCCGUCACAAGCUCAUCAUCCGAUGGCACAGCCUUUAGGCACAGCUGGUCCUUCUCAGUUAGUUGUUUCCACCAAGGCGAACUUCUCAAAGCUGCCACGGUCAGUGACUUGGCGCUUGUUGUUGGGUUUGAUCAAGUCUCCCCGUCAGAACACGACAGUUUUGGAAUUGGAAGAUGUUAUUCAAUUCAACAAUCAGUUGUUACAGGAAGAGGUGUCCAACUAUGCCCGACUGAAAGAACUCUACACACCUCAUUUGAGCGAAAUGGAUGCUCCUUCCGCUCCUGCUGUUAUUUCUACCAGUAAUGGCGACCCAAUUGAGACGCCCGAAGCGGACAAACCUCUGCCUAUUGCUCCAGAUUCGUCUUCCGAUUUUUUCGAUCCUCUGACGGCCAUGAUGAUGGAGCAACAAGCGCAGGAAGUUCGGAGACAAGAACUGGAUCUGGCAUAUCGAAAGGAAAAGGCACGUCGGAACCGAGGACUCUCAGAUCCAGGGAGCAAAGUAGUAGAAGACUAUGUCGACGCAGAUGGAGAAAAGAAAUUGGAUCGAGAGGCGCUCAGUAUCAUUGACAAGGAUCUUCAUCGAUUACCGAAACCCUCUGUCACAGAGGUUGUAGAAGGGGGUGUCAGCAUUACCACCACUUGGGAUACACCUGAGCAGCAGCAAUCAUGGAUGGACGCACUACGAGAAAUGCUGUACAUUUUCUCACAAGAGAAUCCUCACAUUGGAUACCGACAAGGGAUGCAUGAAGUUGCAUCCUAUCUAUGGCUGGUCCUAGUCAUUGAUAGACAACGACAAAUGCUUUUCAGUGGCCCUGGGGAUCAAUCGGAACUUCUGGCACUAGUCUUUGACAGGCCGGCUGCCUACACCAUGCUCCAAUCCAUUCUCGGGCAUGUCCGACAGGCCUUUGAUGUCAAGGUGGCUUCCAAUUCACGGCCACUAGAGGACAUGUCACAUUCUACAUUGUCCAAAAUUCAGCAAUACUAUCAGAACCAGGGACACCCUGACCGACUAUGCCCUCUGUUGAAAUCUCUGUCGGUUCCACCCCAGUUGUACUGCACUAAGUGGAUCCGGCUCUUAUAUUCCAGAGAGGUCGUGGGUGCCUCUAAUGUUAUUAUUCUUUGGGAUGUCUUCGUCGAACUGGUGUCGGAGGGAUGGGAAUGGAUGGCCCUGUUGGAGACCACGGCGGCCAGCCGUAUCUUGAUGUGUCAGGAGGAAUUGCUCAAGCCCGAUGUUAGUCCUGAGGCGCAUCAUCAUCGGGUCAUGGACUCACUCAUGAAUAUGCCUCCUCUCAAUGAUUUGGAGCCCUUGGUGAAGCAGCUCAAUCAACUAUUGGAUAUGCAAAAGUACCAGCAAACGCAUCCCGAACUGGGAACCAUGGGAAUUGUGGAUCAUACAGCGGCUGGUCAAACACAACAGCAACUUCAUAUGCAUCAACAUCCUCAUCCGCAGCAUCGCUAUCAACAACAGCUGCAUCACUAUCAACAACCACCCCAAGGGAAUCAAGCUCUUGGAAAAAAUGGCGGUGAUUUGUUCAAUUUGCAAGCCGUAAAGCAGAGUCUAGAGCAGGGUGUGGAACGGCUGUCUUCAAGCAGCGAUACUUGGAGGAAAAAGUUGGAGGAGGGUUGGAACGGAUUGCAGCCACAACCAUUGCCUGGUCAACAACCUCAGGAACAAGAGCAUUAUUCCGACAACAAUGUGAGGAUGAUCGACGCAGCAAUGUUCGGUGAUGACAGCAUUGGCGAACACAAGGUCAGGCAAACGCCACUGAACCCCCAACCACCACAGUAUGGCUUGUCACCGCAGCAACAAAUUGCACAGCAACCUCGUCCUAUGCAGCCUCAGCAACCCCAUCACCUGCAUCAGCAGGGCUACUCUACAGCUUCAACCAGCUCGUCGUUUGGAGCGGUUCAAGGAACUGGAAUGAACGGCCCAAAUUCUACUCCCAUGUCGGCUCUAAUUCCGCCACAUCGUCAACAACCCACUCAGCAACAAGCAAUCGCCAACAACAGCAAUCCAAUUCAACUCCAGCAACAGCAACAAGAAAACCAGCUUUUGGCAUUCCGAUUGGGAAACAGCUGUGCCAUACUGCAAGACUUCGUCAUGUCCGUUGCCCGAACACCCGACCAGCAGCAGCAGUUUCAAGCCGUGAAUUCCUUUCAGAAUGGAGGAACGAACUCAACAAAAACGAAAGUGCCCAAUGCUGUCUGGGAAGCCUUGGCCGAGGUGGAAGCUGUUCGAGGUAUCCUACUGCAACGGUGAGCCAAAGAACACUUGUGGGGUGUACAGGGUCUAGUUACAGGCACGAGUGACUUGGUAGCUCAGACUACUUUGUUGGCGUUCAGUGGUUGAAGAAAAGGGCACAAUGCAGUCAAACUCUUGUAUAGUCAAGCUCAUGGAAGCUAGCCGCUAGCCAGGAAUGCUUCAGACACAACGGCAAUACGCAAACGGAAGCAGCCACCAAGGUAACGGUUCACGUUCUCGUCGGCUGGUGCAGGCUCUUUAGCCUGCCACGGUGUACCUGCAUGUGCCCAUAGGGAACUGUACCGGCCUGGAAUUUUCGGUUGCUGCUCUGAUUUGCUCCAUUCUCGAGCGGCUGAUCCUGCAACCCUUUUUACUGCCACAAUGAAGGUUUGGGAAGUUGGAAUGCAAUCCAAAGACGACGGAAAUGGCUUCUGCUACACAAACCGAUGCAGCCACGAAGGUAACGGUGACAAAGGCGCCCACCUGUGGCCAUGCUACAUGUAAUGGUCAUGAGUUUGACUCUGGGUGCAAUCUCUCUGGAGUCACAGAAGUACACAUUAAAUGUGAUGAACACUAUGAAGAUUCCAGCCACAGGUACAGAUCUGUCAUCCAACGAGUCUACUUAUCAUUCAACCAAAACCACACCGGCAAGUCUGCAAUGUACUGCGUUCUUGGUUCAGACGUUUACAGUACUAGUAGCAAAUCCGCCAUUAAAUUUGUUGUGCUUCCAAAUGAUCCAAUUGUUAAGGUUGUCGUCUGGGUUGAUUCUGUGGCUAUCAAUGCAAUUCAAUUCCAUACUGCUUCUGGAAACACCUCCCCAUUGUUUGGGAUCAAAGUACCAGAAAGUGAAAUGAAGGUGAUCAAAGGACCUAGUAGUGCCUCCAAACUCGUUGGUG